GUCAGUCGCACUCUGUACGUCCGUCAAACCGUAGCGCUCACUGUAUGUACGUGGACACACGCGUGUGGAGAGAAGAGAACAAGAUGAAACCGCCGCCGCCACCGCCUGGGAAACUUACUGACUCGAUUGGCGAAAGGUGACUUAGUUUCCGAGUGAACGUCGAGCUGUGAAGUAGUGUGCUGUUCCUGCACCAAAGGCACCGUUUGCCAACACGUUCGUUCGUCUUUCGCCGCUAUUGCUUGCACCUGUGCACACGUGAUUCCCCCGGAGAUUAUAAGCGCCUAGAUCUAGAUACCAACGGAAUCAAUUACAUGAUGCGUGAUACCCGAAGAAUGUUGUGGACGAAUAGGAAUUAAGCCAGUGAUCAAAAUUUAAAGCCCUUGUCGCGUGCAGUUGGUUUCGAUGAUUAAAAGUGCAAGGAGCAAUAAGCUACUCCGUUUCGAGUGUAACAGUGACCGGUGUUAUAGAGUAAACCUCACUCUGCAGUUCAUGUAAUCAGUGAAUGUAUGAAAAAACAGAAUUAAUUGCCACGUUAAAUAAUUCACCGUCUGCCUCCGAGCGUGGCAAUUUAGAGUUGUGCACAGUUAAAAAGUGAGAGAGAGACAAAAAUCGUAAAGUUUUUUUUUGAGUUUUCAAUUUCUCGUUUUUUUUUAAGUUUGUGGUGGCCAAAUGAUGAAAAUGUUUCACCAGAGCGUGUCGAACCGAGACCAGCUGAUGUUAACCAAUUGCCACAGUAACGAUAGUUUCGGUGGUUCAGCGGAAUAAUUCGGCCGGCCAAAUUGUGAAUCAAAUUAUUGUUGUUUUCUCUCGAAAAAGUUACACUACCAUCUCGGGGGAAAAACCAUUCGCCAUAGAGCUGAUAGCUGAUAGCGCUCGCGUUGAUUACUACUGGAAGAAGAGGAAACACCCGUCGAUCGGCAAUCUGUUCAAACAUUUACACAACUUGUUCGAGUCGACGACGUAAGCAACAGGCAAAAGGAAAAUCUAAUCUGACUCAGUGGAUCGGACCCCGGAUCCGAACAUUACAGAAGAAAGCGAAGGAAGAUAUAAAACUUACGAAAACGGAAUUAUGAGCCCAGUGGAACCAGCGAUGGAUAACCUCAUGAGUGAUUUUCUGCUCAACCCGGAGGAGUGGCCUUCGAAUCCGGACGACUUUAUGGAUCUGUUCCAGUUGGAAAACAAUCUGCUGUUCAGUGACGGCACGGCCGGCGACGGCUCAGUGGACGAUAUGAAUGACAUUACGACCAGUCUGAUCAACAACCUACAGAACGGGUUCACCAACUAUGGCGAAAUGGGUGCCGCUGUUCCGUUGGAAGGAUCCGUGCAUGCGAUGUCACCGAAUUCAUCGUCGGGUUCGGAUCAGGAGUUCCAUGGCUUUCCGAAUAGCAGUGCGGCCUCGAUGGCCGGCAGUGGCUACGAGGAUGAUUUUAUCAGUGCAUCCCCGCAGGAAAUCACUGGAUCUUCCCCACUGAAAAUGGAACUGGACGAAGCGAUGACCGAGUUUAGCACGUUCGAGCGAACCAUCGAACAACAGCAGGUCCUAUCUUCGGCUGCCUCGGACAGUGGCCUAUCGAGCGAUCAUUUGGAUUUCGAUCCGGCAACGGACUAUGAUGCACUCAGCCCGGCUCUAUCCUCCCCGGGACCAUCGAUCAGCGAACGUGGGGGACAAAAUUCCCCGCCACGUUAUGUCAAACAGAUUCACAAAUCACCGAUAGUGGUCCAGAAACCGGCGCAAACGCUUGCCACUGUAGCGCCAACAACACAUCAACCGGCAUUGGUAACGAAAAAGGAAAAGUUGUCCGUGAAAUCCGUUGUGUCCGGCACUCAGCCGUACAUCAAUAAGAACCCACCGACGGCACAGUUGACCAACGGAAAAGAGGUGAAGAUCUAUCGUGUGGCACCGCCCAAGAAUGGUCAAACGAUAACCGUCGCCAACGGGACGAAUGCCAACAAAAAAGUUACCCUUCAAUUGAAAAAUGGUGCGGCCACUGCCGUGACGGGUAGAACCGGUGGUACGGUGUUUAUUAACAAUAAAAAUGUUGUGCUAACUUCAGCACCCGGCAAUGGUCAAACAGGCGUCCGCCGGGUUUUUCGUGUCCAGCAGCAGCAGCAACAAAACGGACGUUCGAUUCUUGUUCCAGUUUCGAUUCAGGAUCUUCGUACUAUCAAAAUCGUAAAUUCGGCGACCCUGAAACCAAAACCAGCGAACAUCAAACUGGCCGCCGCCAAUUUGCUUCAACAGUCGAAGCAAGGCUUGAUCCAGAAAAACGUGGUCAUGGCCAAGGAACAGGUAAUAGUUGACGAUGGCGAUGCAAUGCAAAGUUCCAGCGACAACGAAAGCUUCGUUUUCGAAGACAUUAUGCAACAGAGCAACUCCGUCAUUGAGAGGGUCCAGAAGCAGCAAAUGGUCAGCGAUUCGGAUGCCGAGCAGGACUUGGAUGACGACGGAGACGGUGACGAUGGGGAUAGCAUUGUCGGUGGCGGAAAGACCGCUUCCGGUGGCUAUCAGAAACUGGUUCUAACGACAGAGGAGAAACGCCUCCUGUCGAAGGAGGGCAUCAGUUUACCGACCAGCUAUCCGCUAACCAAGCACGAGGAGCGGGAGCUGAAGCGGAUUCGCCGAAAGAUUCGCAACAAGAUUUCCGCCCAGGACUCCCGCAAGCGGAAGAAGGAAUACGUCGAUGGGUUGGAGGAAAGGGUCAAACAGUGCACCGAGGAGAACCAGACGCUGCUGAAGCGUAUCAAGAUUCUGCAAAGCCAGAACCACGAUCUCAUGAGCCAGAUGAAGAAGAUCCAGUCGCUGCUAACCAAGGGUACCGGCAAGACCACCCAGCCGGCCACCUGUCUGAUGGUGUUGCUGCUCAGCAUGGCCCUGGUGGCGGUACCGAACCUCAAUCUCGGUGGUUCCCACCAGCAGCAGAACAUACAGGAUUCGCUCGAGAUGGCCGAGUUGCUGCAGGAAGCCGCUGCCGAUAAGACGCAGGUACAAACACAGGCCCAAAAUCGGCGCUCGCUUCUGUUCGACACCAAGGAACAGCUGGGUGACGCACUGGUUGACGAGGAGAUGAACUUCGAUGACAUCAUGGCGUUCAACGUGAAUUCACUGAUUGCCAGCGAGCAUGACUAUUCUUCCGAGGGGGAACCGAAGGCAAAGAGGGCAAAAACUCACUCGCUGGUGGAGUACGACGUGGACGACGACAUUUGGAACGGAAGCAGCAAAAUACGCAUCAAACAGGAAACCGAAGAGUUCAAUCAAAAAGUGCAGAAAAUACAAGACGCUUUCGAGCAACAAAUGAAUCAACUAAAUUCGGAAUACAAUAUAAAAAUGGAACACAGUGAGAUAAUCGUCGAUCGUGAACUGCUGGAUUCGAUAUCCAAUAAAAACAACUACAAUAUCGACACAUUCGCUAGUUCUCCUGGUUUGGCUAUUAAAGACGGGCAAAACAUUGAGUUGCUGGUGACAGCAGCAGGGGCGCGAACGAUUUCAUCGGAAACAAGCGUAGAAGAGGUUGGACGAAAAUUGAAUGCUUCGCAACAGAUUCAACAACAGAAUAAUAAAAGAAAGCUGCUCCUUUAAAACAAAAUCCAACCAUUUGCAUUCAUAAGAAAAAACUUUCGCAGGGCUGUUAUUUCAUGUGUAAAUAUAAAAUUUAUUAGGAAUUAUUUGUAACCCGUAAGAGAGUUAUAGGAAAAAAAGAGACCAUUAAGUUUCUCUAGAUUUUAAAGCUCUGCAAUCAAUUGCAAAUUGAUGGCAUUUCGUUCUUUUAAGUAUAUCCAUAUAACUAACAUGCGGAAUAAUUUAAAUAAUUCAGCACCGCUACGAUGCUUUGCUCUUUUGUUCCGAGUUGUCAAAAAGUUGGGGCAAAAGAGCAAAACAGAGCAAGAAAUGAAUUCUAACAUUACACUUUUAGUAUUGAGACGUACUGGUAUCUUUUUGAUUUUUUUCUUAGGUCGUAGAAAAUCACCAUCUGUUAAUAAUUAUUUGUUAAUGUUUCCUUCUGUUUUAGUUAUUAUGAACUCAUUGUGCAAUUAUGUACCCGUCAGGGCCCUAUAGCGAAACCAUGGACAAAUUUAUUUGUUUAACAAAAAUGUCUGUUCUAAUGUUGUCCUAUCACAACCUACCAAACCUGGUCUUCUAGCUACUUUAUGGAACGUUCAACGCACGGGAUAUAUUUUUAAUUAUAUUACUAUUACACUUAAUGCCACUUGUUUGACCCCUACCAACAUCUCUCAUCAUAAUGGAUAGCUACAAUUUGAACAUCGUAGUUCGAAACGAUUGUGGAGAUUGUGUCCUUGCUCAUCGUGUAAAGAAGAAGGUUAGAAAACAAUGUUCGUAUGAAAAAAUCGAUGUCCGUUGCAACAGCUUAGAUUGGUCUACAUAUGUUGUUUAUAAAAAUGUAUGCUGCAUGAGAAUUUAUAAGGCGUAUAAUUAUUGUCACAUUCACAUACUACUCUAAUAUAUUGCUGUACAUAAACAGUA